CCACACCAACUACUGCAGUACGGUAUCUGCAUGAACGUCUUCUUGAAUUCUUACCUCCUCGGUUGCUUACAAGCUUUCCGGUACGCCAUUGCUGGAGAGCUCAACUGACUGUCGUUCAUCCGAGCCAGAUGGCGCACUAUGGUUGGAAGCCGCGGCAUUCGUCUGUUAUGGUUGCGCCUAGAGUGCGGAUGCUAGCCGCCUUAUUGCUCGUGGUCGUCGCGACGAGUCUCGCAGGAUCCGGGGACGCGCUGCCUAUUAAGCCGGUACAGGAGGGCGCGCUGAAGGUGUGCCAGGAGGCGUGGAACUUCACCGGAUGGACGGACGUCAUCGACUGCAACUCCACGGGGAUCUUCUGCGACAACAACGGCAAUGUCCUAAAGCUGGUGCUGGAUAGCGUGAACCUGAUGGGGUCCAUCCCCGACGCCCUCAGCAAGCUCACCCGCCUCGGCACGCUGCAGCUGAGCUCGAACCAGCUGCUGGGCCCCAUUCCAGACAGCAUUGGCGCCAUCGCCACUCUCUCCGUGCUGGACCUCAUUGGGAACGAGCUGACGGGAGAAAUCCCACUCUCCUUGGGAAACCUUCCGCUGCUUGACACCCUGCAGCUGGAGCAGAACAGUCUGUCGGGCAUCAUCCCCCCUGUCUUGAGCCAGCUCACGAAUCUCCAGCAUCUUAAUCUCGCGCACAACAAUCUCUCGGGUCCCAUUCCCAGCGCCCUCCGAGCACUCACCAUCCUCACACAUCUGUCGCUCAAGAACAACUCCUUCAACGGCACCCUCCCGUCUGGCAUGGGCACCCUCGUCAGCCUCUCCUACCUAGCGUUGGAUUACAAUGCGUUGAUGGGGCCCAUUCCAAUGACCAUAUCGGGACUGCAGAAUCUCAAGUCGCUCAACCUGAGCAACAACGCCCUUGACGGGCCUAUUCCCGACACCAUCUCUGCUCUCACGAGUCUUGAGACCCUGUGGCUGCAUGGCAAUCAGCUAUCCGAGUCUAUCCCCGCUGCUAUCGGCGCCCUCACCAACUUGAUCGAGCUGUCGCUGAGCUUCAACCGUCUAAUGGGCUCCCUGCCAGAAGCCAUCAGCGGGCUCACCAACCUCACUCACCUGGGCGUGCAGCGCAACCGUCUCAGCGGCGCUAUUCCAGACAGCAUAACCGGGCUGGGAGCCUCCCUGAUUUACCUCAAUAUGAGCAGCAACCCCCUCAACACCACCAUGCCUGCACUGCUGGGCUCGCUUCCAAAGCUCAUGCACCUGGACCUCUCAUCGUGCCAGCUCAGCGGGCCCUUCCCCGACUCCUUCACUUCCCUCACCAACCUCGCGUCCCUUCAGCUGCACAACAACAAGCUUGGUGGAUUCAUCCCCACCACCCUCGCAAAGCUGCUUCAGCUCAACGACCUGUCUCUUGCGGGCAACGGGCUGCAGGGCAUUCUGCCUGUGGAGCUCACUGUGCUGGCUACCCUCCGCUUCCUUGACCUGAGCCUGAAUGCGCUGUCAGGGCCCAUUCCCUUCUCCUACUCCGCCCUCACCUCGCUCGAGCACCUGGACCUGAGCUCCAGCAACAUCACUGGCGGCAUUCCUGACUCCAUCGCACACCUCUCCUCCUUGACUUUCCUGGAUGUGUCUCUGACUCGCAUCGGGGGCAGCAUCCCUAUGUCCAUCGCCAACCUCACCAAUUUGCAGGAGCUGAACUUGGUUGAGUGUGACAUGACCGGAUAUAUUCCCGAGGCCAUAAGCGCUCUCACUCAGCUCACAUCCCUCGAUCUUGGCACCAACCGCCUUGAGGGCCCCCUCCCUGCGUCGCUGGGCAACCUGCUUGGGCUGCGUCAACUGUCCGUGAUGAACAACAGCCUCUCGGGACCCAUUCCUCCCUCCCUCGGCCAGCUCCCCAACCUCGUCUUCCUGGCCCUCGGCGUGAACAACCUGAGUGGCAUCAUCCCGGCGCAGCUGGGCAACAUCACCACCCUCGAAAUCCUAGGGCUGAGGCACAACCGGUUGUCGGGGUCCAUCUCCUCCUCCCUGGGCAGGCUGGGCGCUCUCCAGGAAAUGGCACUAUCGAGAAACAACCUCACAGGCACCAUUCCUGAGUGGCUGAGCACUCUCACCAGCCUUCAAACCAUUGUGCUGUCAAGCAACAACCUCACGGGCGCCAUUCCCAAAUCACUGAGCGCUCUCACCAGCCUUCAAUCCAUUUAUUUGGCAAACAACCAGCUGGAGGGCACCAUUCCUUCUGCACUCGGCGCGCUGACCCUGCUGGAAGUCCUGGACGUGUCCAUGAACUAUCUGCAGGGGCCCAUCCCGGCGACCUUCAGCGCCCUCACCAAACUGCGAAUCCUCAACGUGGCCCACAACAUUCUGAACGGCUCGCUGCCUGACUUCCUCGGUGACUUUGCAGACCUCUAUGUCCUUGACGUCGCCGAGAAUGGCUUCAAUGGCAGCUUGCCACGUCAGCUGGGCCAGCUGUACCAGCUGGAGUUUCUGGAUCUGAGUGUCAACUUGCAGCUCAAGGGCAUUAUCCCUCCCACCCUCGGCAACCUCACCAGCCUCUACAUGUUCAACGUGAACGAAACGUUCCUGCAGUGCCCCGACAACCCGCUCGCCUGCUCGGCUAAGCCUGACCCCACGUCCGCCUUCUGCGACUUCUGCCUGCAGUUCUGCAGCAUCUGUCCCCCACAGAUGAGCCCAGGCUCGCUACCAUCACCACCGCUGCCGCUACCACCACCAGGGACAGUGCCGCCGCUGCCGCCGUUCGGUCCUGUUGGGCCCGGUCGCCUGCCCCCUGUGUCCACCAACGCCACCAACACCACGACUACCAGCAGCAGCAGCGGGGGUCUGUCUGGAGGCGCCAUUGCUGCCAUUGUGAUCGGCUUGCUCAUUGUGGUGGUGACUGCUGCUGGCCUUGCGUAUAUCGUCAUCACCCACAAGAGCAGCGCGCCUGACCAUGAAGACCUACUGGUGUCAACGGCGCCUCAAUCCGUGGGAGCUAACCGCCAGGAGUACGAGCGCUUCCGUCCAGGCCAUGUGUAGCAUAUUAAUUGUGCUGCUAGCCCAGGCUCCUUGCUGUGUGGCAGCCCAUGCUUGAGAAGACAGUUCGCACAUCAGGCACUGCUUCCCUGCCACCGCUGCCUUGCUUGGGUGCAUGCCACCGUCGUGGUGCUGCGAGUCAUUCCCUCGUGCCUCGCAUUGCCAGUGCAUGCUUCCGCCAGCGACGAUGCACUUAAAUUGCACAUGCAGUGAUGAUGUUGCACGAUGCACGUAGCACUCUGCUCAUCUCCCAACAUUGCUCAGGCUUGAUAUGGUAGGUAACAUUGCUUGUUUUUAUCUCUGGUGUGAAGACUGCAUUAAUUUAUGGGGCUUGGUUUGCU